CCCAAGAAGAUACUGGGCGUUCUAGGUUGGAACGUUGAAGCGCAAGCUGCGCGCUCCCAUUGGUCGCCCAUGCGGGGCGUUUGGGGUUUGGCUUCGGCCGACGUUACGUCGCUCCGGGGGACGUCGGAUGCCGGCUGGAGACCGCGGUCCUGUAAGCUGCUGCAGGAGCGGCCUCUCCGGCUCCCGUAUGGAGCGAACUCGGUUCCAAGGGUUAUUCUGCUGGAAGAAUAAUAAUUAUUUUUUUAAGGGCGGGGGAAAGACUCUUGAUUUAUUUUUAACCUUUGAGAGGGAGGAACGUCUCCAUCGGGCGAAGUUACAAUUUGCUUUUAUUCUGAGGAGACAACAAGAGGGAGCCAGAGAUUUGUAUUCACACCCAAACUGCUCAGCUAAAGUCCCUUUGUAGGGCGAGACAUGUAGAAGAGGAGCUGGCACCCAAAUCUUCUACUGAGAUAGAAAAGAGAGGAGCAAGUCUGAAGCCCAGCGAGGUGAUUUGAUGCUGGAUCUGCUGCCCUAUCACUCCAUUUGAUUCUGCCUGUGAAGGUACCUGGUAUGUGCUUGCACAAAAGGGGCUGUGGAGUAACAAAGGGAAUCUGUGUGAUUUGCCUGAAGAUGAGAUAAACCUGAGCAACAGCUGGUUUUUGUAAUUGCAGAGAUGGGGAAUCAGCCAUUGGUGUGCUUUCUUCUCAGUAGGCCUUGGUGCAACCUGAUACAUUAGGUACUGUUGUUGGAUUAGAUGGCCUCUCUCUAAUUGGAAGAUUCUGGUCUGGACAAGAGGAAGAUUGCUAAAGUAGUCAAACUAGUUGUAAAGGUUUGGGGAAAAAGAUAUAUGGAUUUAUGGAGUGAUUUUGAUCAGACAAGUGGCCUGCUGGAAAAUAGAACCCCUCUUCCCACUGCAAUUAUCAUCCCAACAACUUGUAAUAACAUCCCAGGAAGUGCCUAACCAUCAACUAACUGCAUCUCUUUGGUUUCAUAAUGAAUAGGACCAUCACUUUUAACACAAUAUCUCUGCCUCAAAGCAAUUGGAGUUUCCCCUUCCACACCAUCUUGCCCUGUAGAAACAGUACAGAUAUUACUGUGUUUCUAGUCACUUCAUAUACCUUGGAGACCAUUAUUGGUGUUCUAGGAAACAUGUGCUUCAUUGGGAUCCUGGCCAGACAUAAGGAGAAAGCCAUUGUCACUAAUGUAUUUAUCACCAAUCUGAUUGCCUCAGACUUUGUUAUGUGCAUAUUCUGCCUGCCAUUCACCGUUGUCACCGUCCUGUUGAACUACUGGAUAUUUGGUGAAGCUAUGUGUAGAAUGACCUCAUUCAUCCAGUGUACUUCUCUGACUGUGUCCAUCCUGUCACUUUUACUCAUUGCUUUAGAAAGACACCAGCUCAUUAUAAAUCCAAUGGGCUGGAGGCCCAGUCUCUCCCAAGCCUAUCUGGGCAUUGCAAUUGUUUGGAUCUUUGCUUCUUUUUUGUCCCUUCCUUUUGUCACUAACUCCACCUUGAUAAAUUUCUUCUUUGAACAGUUCUAUAUGACAGAUUCUUAUGCAAGCAAGGCUAUUUGUGUAUGCUCAUGGCCUACAGAAGAGUAUAGGCUCACUUAUGCCACUGUAUUGCUGCUGCUGCAGUACUGCAUCCCUCUUUUCUUUAUUGUGGUGUGUUAUCUGCAUAUCUACUUUCGCCUCCAGAAGAGGGAGGCUAUGUUUGAAAAGAAGCACAACUACAAUUGCCGGGCAAUUCACUUGAAGCAGAUAAAUAUCCUGCUGGCAUUAAUGGUUAUUGCCUUUGCGGUCUGCUGGUUGCCACUGCAUGUUUUCAACAGCAUUGAUGACUGGAACUACAAAAUAAUUCCUCAUUGCCUCCAUGAUUUGAUCUUCUCAUUGUGCCACCUGGUAGCCAUGGCAUCUGCCUGUAUAAAUCCUAUAAUCUAUGGCUUUCUAAACAAGAACUUCAAAAAAGAAGUGAAGGCCCUGAUUCUAAACUGCCAGCAUCAUUCUUCAGCCCAAGAACAUGAGAUGAUGCCUACAUCAACCAGGCAAACAGAAGUGUCAAAGGAUUCACUGUUAAGCUCUCAGCAGAAUCCCAUUAGGCCCCUAUGAUAAACCCUCAGAGACUCGAGGCUUAGACUGCAGCCUGAGAAUAUCUACCUGAGAAUC